AUGAUGAAUCACUUCAUGGUUCUAGCAGUGGUGAUCUCCCUGAGGACUUGCUACACUACGCACUCACAGCAAGAAUCUGUUGUGUUUCCAGUAGUGUACCUUAACAUUUCCAAGGAUUUGGCUCUUCAGCGGUUGCUGGUGGAGUGGGAUGUUGGCAAGUCAGCGCAUGAUGCUGAGCUGGCAAUGUCUUUUGAAAUACAAGUCCGUCGAACAGAUGUAACUACUACUGUGUGGACAGAGUUCCAUAAUGUCACACUUGAUAAAUCAGGAAAGCCUCUUCGUUGGAUAUGGGAUUCAGACUUACCUUUGGAGUGUUUGUCACACUCAGUGAGAAUCAGGAGCAAAGCAGAAGCAUCAAAAAUCUGGAGUCAGUGGAGUCUGUGGGAGACUGUCCUGGGCCUGGACACUUCAAAUAGCAGUGGACCACAUAUCUUUCCAAAUGAAAAAAUUGUAGAGGAAGGCUCCGACAUUACUUUUUGUUGCAUUGGAAGGAAAGGUCAAAUCAUUAAGGAAUUCUUUCUAGUGCCAGCGGUUCAUGUUUUCAGUUCUGCAAACAGUGAAGUCGGACUUCUCACUGUGAAAAAUGUGUCACAUCAAGGAGUGCCCCACAUCACAGUCCACUGUCAAGAGUCUUGCAAUGAAGAACAGUGCUAUGAUUAUGCUACUUUCUUUGUGGGUAAACCACCUGAUACACCUCAUGAUUUUUCCUGCCAAACUCAAGACAUGAGAAUAGUAACAUGUACUUGGACCCAAGGAGGAGACACCUAUCUUCAUGGUCAUCGUUCACCAAAAUACACCUUGUUCGAAGAGUUUUCCCAAAAAGUGGUUCCAUGCACAGGAAGUUGUUCUGAGCAGUGCUCAUGUUCUUUGGAUAUAGGCCAGCAGAGGAUCUGUAAUAUCACAUUGACUGUGGAAAACGCACUGGGAAAGAAAACUGCCGUGGAUGUUUUUGAUGUAACUCACAGAAUUUAUCCUGCUGCACCUUUCCAGCUAUGGGAAGAAUGCACAGAUACAGAAAUCACAUUAUAUUGGAAACAUCAAAACAAAGGAAGGAAACUCUUUUGUCAGACUGAAGUGCUCCAACCUGAUGGGAAAGUACAACUGCAUAAUAGUUCAGACAUGGAUCUCCAUUAUGCCAGCAUCACACUGGGUGGACUGGAGCCAUACACUGAAUAUACAGCUCGAGUACACUGUGGGGCAGCUAAGCAUUUCUGGAGGUGGAGUGAAUGGAGUGAAGCCCGAACCAUCAGAACAAAGGAAGCAG